AGUGCCAUUUGCAUGCUGCAGUGUAUAGCGGUAUCAAACCCCACUGCAUUGCUAGCCAUCGGGGUUUCGCGUGAUUGUUUUGAUUUGUUUGUCACAUUUGGCUUGAGAGAUAGCCUAAGCAUGUGGUUUAGACUAUAAAUAGCCUGAUGUAUGCGUCUUCAGAGAAACCGUGACGUGUUUUAUAAGCAGCGCAGUCGGUUUCAUUUUCAUUCAUUUUCCUUUCAACGUCUGCUGCGCGCUGAUCUGCCAUUCUGCAACAACUGAACGCCUGUAAAGUCUGAAUAUCUCCCGUCGACAAGAUCUAAAGUUGUCCAGCCAUCUUAGAGCCAGCCAUGUCCAACGGUCCACCCACCAUGGCAGCGCCUGUGUGCCUGAUUGAGAACACAGACCAGGGCCUGCAGACGGUGGAGUCGUCCCUCAACCUCCUGCGGAGGAUCCAGCAGCCCGUGGUGGUGGUGUCUGUGGUGGGGCUCUACCGCACCGGCAAGUCCUACCUCAUGAACCGGCUGGCCGGGCAGCAGUCAGGCUUCGCCCUGGGCAGCACCAUCGAGUCGAAGACCAAAGGCAUCUGGAUGUGGUGUGUGCCCCACCCCAUUAAACAAGGACACACGCUGGUGCUGCUAGACACUGAAGGACUUGGUGAUGUCGACAAGGGCGAUGAGAAGAACGAUGCCUGGGUCUUCUGUCUGGCUGUGCUGCUCAGUAGCACCAUGGUCUACAACAGCAGAGGCACCAUCGACAACCAGGCCAUAGAGAAACUGCACUACGUGACGGAGCUGACAGAACAGAUCCAGGUAAAGUCCGGAGGGGCCAGUAAACAGGACGACGAUGACGAGAUCCCGGAGGAGUGCGAGUUUGUCCGCUUCUUCCCCGGCUUUGUGUGGGCUGUUCGGGAUUUCACCCUGGAGAGGAAGAUCGACGGUCGUGAUGUGAGUGAGGACGAGUACCUGGACUUUGCCCUGCAACUAAAGAAAGGUUUGAAUCCCAAGGUGGUGGCCUACAACCUCCCGAGACAGUGCAUCAGGAACUUCUUCCCGACCCGGAAGUGCUUCACCUUCCCGUUCCCAACGGAGGCAAAAAACAUGAAACGCCUGGACAACAUGGCUGAGACCGACCUUGACCCGGACUUCCUGAAAGUGGCUGAUCGUUUCUGCAGCUACGUAUUCGCAGAGUGCCGUGUGAAGACCGUGAAGGGAGGUCACAAGGUCACCGGCAGCCGGUUCAGCUAUCUUGUGAAGAUCUACGUGGAGACCAUCAACAGUGGCAAGGUUCCCUGUCUGGAGAACGCAGUGGUUGCCAUGGCAGAGAUCGAGAACCAGACGGCUGUGAACGAAGCCUUCCGGCUCUUUGAGCAGGGCAUGGAGGACCUUAAGAAGAACUUCCCCAUUGAUCUCGGACCUCUCUCGACGGAACACCAACGCCUCUCUACCAUGACAACGCAGGAGUUCCUGAAACGUUCCUUCAAGGACACAGAGGGGAAGUACAUGGCACAGCUGCAGGAGAAAGUGGCAAAGCUCUAUGAUCAGCUGAUCAACGAGAACAUGGAAGCCUCAGUAAAGCAGUGCCGGAAGCUUCUCUCUGACCUGUACGCGCCGAUGGCCGCCAACAUUCAGCAGGGCAGCUAUUCCAAGCCAGGCGGGUACGAGAUCUACUGCCGCGACCGAGACACCAUGGUGGCCAAGUACCGGCAGCAUGGCAAGAAGGGCAUGAAGGGGGAGGAGAUAUUGGAGGAGUUUCUUCAGCAGAGGAACGCUGAGGCCAACGCCAUCCUGAUGGCAGACGAGAAACUCACCGCAGCCGACAAACAAAUGGCCGAGGCCCGUGAGCAGGCGGCGGUUCAGGAGCAGCAGGCCAAGGUGGCGGCGCAGCGUCAAGAGGACCUGCAGCGAGCGCUCGAGGAUGAGAAACGCAACCAGGAGGAGCGCUUGAGACGCAUGGAGGAGAAGAUGGAGGAGGAGAAACACCUCCAGCGCGAGGAGCUGGACCGCGCUCUGGAGAGCAAGCUGAAGGAGCAGCGGGAGAUGAUGGAGAAGGGCUUCAGGGACAAGGCCGAGAUCAUGAGCCAGGAGAUCGAGCAGCUCAAGAAGGAGAGGGAGAAUCAGAAGGAGGCGCAGAAGAAAGAGCUUCUGGAACAGAAAAACAGGAUGGAGGAGGAGAGGAACCGACAGCUAGAGAGUCUCCUGGAGGAGGAGAAGAGAAGUCACGAGGAGAACCUCAACCAUCUCAACGAGAAGCUGAAGCAGGAGUAUGCGCUGCUGGCGUCGGAGCAGAAGGUGGCGCUAGAGAGCAAGCUGGCAGAGCAGAAGGCACUCCUCGCUCAGGGCUUCCACCAGCAGGAGCAGGAGCUGAAGGAGCAGAUCCAGCAGCUGAAGAAGGAGCAGGCCCAGAGGGAGGCCGAGGAGGCGCGCUUGCGUCAGGAGGAGGCGCGUCAGGAGAGGGAGGAGCAGCAGCAAGCCGCCAAGGCCACCAUGCAGUUGUUCGGCAGGAUCCUGGAGACGUACUACAAGUUCCAGCAGAAGAGGGAGGACCGACGUCUCCAAGACGUUCUGGCCCAGAAGGAGAAAAACGACUACAAGAACAAGGUGUUGAAAGACACGGCCGAAAUCGGAGAAGUUCCAGAGGUGCCAGUGGUGAAAGAGGUCCCGAAGGUGAAGGAGGUCCCAAAGGUGAAGGAGGUCCCUGGGUCAUCAGAAGGUCUUCCAGCAGGACAGAAGAAAGUUUAAGAUGUUGUUUGUUGUCUUGUUCUUUUGUACUAAGAUCAAUUAUUUGGUACAUAGAUUCAUAGAUUUGCAAAGGUACUUGUGGUUAAUGUUUGUCCAUAUAUUUCUAGAUGGGCUUUGGGGUGGGAAUGCAAACUAUACAACUCUAUAAAAAUGCAAAAUAAAUAGGUAAAAUAUGUAUUUUUUGAUGAAACACUGAAUUAUGUGUUUAAAUAUAUUUUUACAUUUUUGCUGAAUUGUAAUCUACUCACUUAACUCAACCAUCUACCCACACAAAAAAUAUCCACUUGACCGCAACUUCUCACAAAGUUGACAUGCACAAUGGAUGUAUCCAUACAGAAAGUUUUCCGCAGCCUAUUGGGGCUUGGAGUUGAAGGAUUCAGGUUGUUUCAGUGGGCAUUUGAGAGAUAUAAUCUGGCCAAUAUGGUAAUGACUGGAGCGAAUACUGUAAUAAUGUACUAAUAUCCCUCUGUUUAUUGGAUAUAAAGUGUCACACAUGCCGGUACGUUUCUAGUGAUGGGCUUUGGGGUUGGGAUGCAAACUGUGAAACUCUGUAAAAUAAAUACAAUGGUAAACACUGAUGUUGUUAUAUGUAGUGUGUACAAACACACAUAGACUAUAAAUGGCCAUCAUGUUUGUCAAUAAACAUCAAUAUU